CAAAUUCAAUCCGUUAAAAAAUGGAGAGUCAAAAGCAAGAAGACAAUGAAUACAUUUUCCGCAGUUUGUAUCCAUCUGUGCCCAUUCCUGACAAACUUACACUGCCUGAAUUUGUGCUCCAAGGAGUUGAAGAAUACACAGAAAAUGUGGCGUUUGUAGAAGCGGUGACCGGAAAAGCGGUAACGUACGGUGAUGUAGUGAGGGACACAAAGAGGCUAGCCAAAGCGUUGACCUCUCUCGGACUAAGGAAAGGUCAAGUAAUGGUUGUGGUUCUACCAAACGUCGCUGAGUAUGGGAUUAUUGCCCUUGGCAUUAUGUCUGCCGGUGGAGUCUUCUCCGGUGCAAAUCCGACGGCUCUUGUCUCCGAGAUCAAGAAGCAAGUUGAAGCUUCCGGUGCUAGAGGAAUCAUCACUGAUGCUACUAACUAUGAAAAGGUGAAAACACUAGGUUUACCGGUGAUAGUGUUAGGUGAAGAGAAGAUCGAGGGAGCAGUAAACUGGAAAGAUCUUCUAGAAGCAGGAGACAAAUCCGGUGAUACCGACAAUGAAGAGAUUCUUCAGACAGAUCUUUGUGCACUUCCUUUUUCUUCAGGAACAACAGGAUUACAAAAAGGAGUAAUGCUCACACAUCGCAAUCUCAUAGCCAAUCUUUGCUCUACUCUCUUCAGUGUCAGGUCUGAAAUGAUCGGUCAGAUCGUGACGCUUGGUUUGAUCCCAUUCUUUCACAUUUACGGUAUCGUUGGCAUAUGUUGCGCUACAAUGAAGAAUAAAGGCAAAGUUGUUGCUAUGAGUCGGUACGAUCUAAGGAUUUUCUUGAAUGCUUUGAUUGCGCAUGAGGUUUCGUUUGCGCCUAUAGUUCCGCCGAUUAUAUUGAAUCUUGUUAAGAAUCCGAUAGUUGAUGAGUUUGACCUUUCGAAGCUUAAACUUCAGUCUGUUAUGACUGCUGCUGCUCCUUUAGCUCCUGAGCUUCUUACUGCCUUCGAAGCCAAGUUUCCUAACGUCCAAGUCCAAGAGGCUUAUGGAUUAACGGAGCAUAGUUGCAUUACGUUAACUCACGGAGAUCCAGAGAAAGGACAAGCAAUCGCGAAACGAAACUCUGUCGGUUUCAUACUUCCGAAUCUCGAGGUGAAGUUCAUAGAUCCUGACACCGGUAGAUCACUCCCGAAGAACACUUCCGGUGAGCUAUGUGUGAGGAGCCAAUGUGUAAUGCAAGGUUACUUCAUGAACAAGGAAGAGACUGACAAGACAAUUGAUGAACAAGGUUGGCUUCACACAGGGGAUAUAGGUUACAUCGAUGACGAUGGAGAUAUCUUCAUCGUUGAUCGUAUCAAAGAACUUAUUAAAUACAAAGGUUUUCAGGUUGCUCCCGCCGAGCUUGAAGCUAUUCUACUCACUCAUCCAUCCGUUGAAGACGUUGCCGUCGUGCCGUUACCGGACGAGGAAGCCGGGGAGAUUCCGGCGGCUUGCGUGGUGAUAAAUCCGAAAGCGACAGAGAAGGAAGAAGACAUUCUCAACUUUGUUGCAGCAAAUGUGGCUCAUUACAAGAAGGUCAGAGCCGUCCAUUUUGUGGAUUCAAUCCCCAAAUCUCUCUCUGGUAAAAUCAUGAGGAGGCUUCUUAGAGACAAGAUCCUCAGCAUCAACAAGAAGUAGAAGAAAGAAAACUCUUACAAGCUUUCCUUAAUCUACUUUGGUUUAAGAAUGUCCUAAAUGGAUUUCCUAAUUGGAUUACCACCACAUAUGGUUAAGAGAAUAGACUUUAAUCAUUGUA